AUGCCAGUUGAAACCGCUCAAGAAACUCCUUUGGGCGACGCUGAGUUGAUCUCUCUGAGUGGAAGCUUUUUGGAAGCUUUUGACAACGAAAACAGUGAGUUGGAGAGUUUGGUGAGAGACUUGGGAAGUCGCAACGUAGAACUUCAGGAGACAAAGGUAUUUCAGCGUCGAUUCUUGGUGCACAAGUUGGCGCUCCCAAUGUGCGUCCUGUUCCUGUUGAUUGUUGCGGCAGUGACGGUUCACUCCUUUGCCGCCAACAAUCAUGCUUCCAAAGGCAACCCAGCGGUUAUAGUACUGAUGAGAAAGGGAGAUUGA